GUUCUCCAAUGGGAUUUCAUUCAAACGAACAGCAUCUACCUUCUAAGCAUACACUUCUCUAUCCCUACUUCUCCCCUGACAACUGGCUUGUCUCAAUUUCUAUUAUCGCAAUCAUUUCAUAUCAAAAUCAUGCAUUUUCCAUUCACCCUCGCCUUCAGCUACGGCCUGCUCCAUGCGCAGCUAGGGCUCGCACAUCCUACCAAAUCCUGCGAAACGGGGCGUCAAGCAAUCUACAUCAGUACUAAUGAACAAGAGAACAUGGUACUUUCCGUCUCUAUUGACGAGCAAGGUAUGCUCGGGCAGGCUUCAAUGACUCCGACCGGCGGCGCUGGCGCUGUCAGCAUCGAUGGGUCCACGAACGAACCGGCUGGCGCCGACCCUCUGGUCUCCCAAUCUGCUUUGACCGUUGCAGGCAUGAACCUUUUCGCUGUCAACGCGGGAUCCAACACGGUCUCCAUGUUCUCCAUUGACAAAGCCGACCCCACAAAGCUGACCCUGAUCGGCCAGCCCGUCGAGGUGCCAGGCGAGUUCCCCAACACCGUGGCGGCCUCAAUGAAGAAUCGGCUCGUAUGCGUCGGGGCGACCGGUGCCACGGCCGGUGUGUCUUGUGCCCCCUUCGACCGGAAGAACGGCAUCGGAGCUAUGGACGCUCUGCGCCCGUUCGACCUUGGACAAACGACGCCGCCGGUCGGCCCCACAAACACCGUCUCGCACGUCUUCUUCUCCGAAGACGAGAGCACUCUGUUCACCACCGUCAAGGGUGACCCGCCAGCCAAUAACACUGGGUUUUUGGCUGCCUUUUCCGUUGAUUCACCAUGCCGUGGCAGCACUGUUGGUGCCCAAGGUGUCAUGUCUUCCCCAGACGACACUCUUGUUCUCUUUGGCUCCUCCGCAAUCCCCGGAUCAACCGACAUCUUCGUUACCGACGCUUCAUUCGGCGCCGCUGUGCUGUCCAUCGGCAAUGACAUGCAGGCUACCACCAAAGGCCGCAGUGCCGUAGAUGGUCAAGCCGCGACUUGCUGGGUUACUGUCUCACCGGCUAGCAAAACCGCUUUUGUCACAGAUGUUGGCGUGAACCGCCUUGUCGAGAUGUCCAUCGAGGACGCUUCGAUCCUCGACGAGAUUGACCUCAGCGCCAACGGCCAAUCAGGCAUGAUUGAUCUCACGGCCGUCGGUCAGAUGAUCUACGCCCUCGCUCCCGGCAACAGGGGGCAGGAGCCAACGGUCGUGGUAGUCAAUGCGAUGACCCGGGAGGUAAUGCAGGAGAAAGCGUUGGGCAAACUGGGGGCGACUAAUAGGGUGCAAGGUAUGGCUGCGCUAAGGGUAUAAAUACUGUGUGAUAGUGAGCUCGCGUUGGACGUCCCGACAUUGUUGGAGACGGUCACUUCUAGGUCUUCGUCGUUGUCGGAUUCGUGUUGGAGAUUGGCCAUGCCAGCUUCGCUGUCUUCGCUGCGCAGAGAGCCGUCAACACCUCCACCAGCUGUGUCGGGCAUGGCAUCAUCAUCAUCAUCAAAAUUAUCAAAUUGCC